GAAGAGACGGCUGAAUUUGAAUGGAGAGGAACUGAACAGCAGUCAGUCGUCUUUCUGACCAAAAACAAGCUUCACACCUCUGAGGAUUAACGUUAAGACAUUAUUGUUGUUUACUACAUCAUCAUCAUCAUCAUCAUCAUCAUCCUUGUCUUCGUCAGCUUCCUGUCUCCGGCUGUCUCUGUGCUGUGAUUGGCCGAGGUGACGGAGGUGAUGAACACAUGUGACGUGGUAGGUGGAGCUUCUGAAGAGGACCCGAUGGCAUUCCAGGUGUCAGACUCUGCGGAGCGUUUUCCAAAACUUUCCAGGCGUCUCCCGUCCAUCGUCGUGGAGCCGACCGAUGGAGGAGAGGUGGAGAGUGGAGAGCUGCGCUGGCCUCCUGAUGAUGUCAGCAGUGAUGUCAGAGAGGGACACGCCCAGGUGACAGGUUCACCUGUGGAGGAGGGGCCUCAGAAACACGUCAGAGUACGGACAGAGUACAAACCCUCUGACUGACGUGGCUUCUUUACUCUCAGCCAAUCAGUGUGAAGGUCUCUGUGCUAACGGAGGGGGCGGGGCCAGCUCAACUGUAGCCCCACCUCUAGGCCAGGGGGCGGAGUCUGAGCAGGACAGAAUGAGCGAAUAAAAGACAAGAAGAUCCCAACGAGAAAAUAAAUCUGGAAGGUCGAUGGACCCCAGAGGAUUAUGGGACAGCAAUCAGCAGAAAAAUAAACGAAUAUUAAAAAUCUGAAUAUCAAUAACAACUAUAAAAACAUGUGUGAUCAAACUGAAGCAUCAGCUGAUGAGUGUUCAGUGUUCAUUAAACAGCUGUUUCCUCCACAUUCAUGCUGUUAUGUGUAAAUAAGUUUCCAUACGUUAUAAAAUACGUCAGAAACCAACAUUCAUAUUUUACACAUGUACUCAUAUUUGUCAGACAUCCAGAUUUCUUGUGUUUUUGUCUGCAGGUGAACAUUUUCAGAGGUUUUGUGGCUGUUAAUGAACAAUAAAUCCUGUUAUUGGUCUUUUUAUUGA